ACUUGCUGGCGACGGCACGCCUCAACGGGGAAUGCAACAAUAUUUUACGAAAACAAUUAUUCUAUAAAAAAUAUUCAAAAUUAAAAAAAAGUGUUCCAAAAGUUUUUAAAAUUUGUAUUUCCGCUACCCAUCCAGUGUUAAAAAUUUAAAAAGUGAGUUUAUAGACGUUCGCGUUUAUGCUAAUCAGCCGGCGUACGAAAUUUGAAUUGGUCAAGGUCUAUUCACUUUUGGCCAGUCGGUGAACUGUGAACAAUUUUCGGGCGCCCUGAGUGCAAUUGGGUGAAACAAGAUGGUGGUUCGAGUGGCAACAGAUGAGCGGCCCUUGGAGACUCCUUCCUCAGACGAAAGUGGGUUGGGCAGGAGUGACUCCCCGAGUGAAGACGCAGAACCUGAAGCUGCUUUGGUGGUCCCGCCCGAUGGAGGCUGGGGCUGGGUGGUGGUGGUCGCGUCGUUCCUCUGCAACUUCUUCGUCGACGGCAUCAUCUUCUCUGGAGGCAUGCUGAAGGAACCCAUCCAGAAGGAAUUCCAGAUUUCGGAAUGCCAAGUGGCCCCGGUGAAUUCCCUGCUGGCAGGCUUCUAUCUACUAGCCGGGCCAUUCGUCUCAGCUUUAGCGAACAUGUAUGGGUUCAGAGUAGUCACCGUGGUAGGCAGCAUACUAGCAGCGGCCGCCUUCGCCCUGUCUUUCUACGCGACCAGCGUCGAAUACCUUUACGUCGUAUACGGAAUCGUUGGUGGAAUUGGUCUUUGCAUGGUGUACAUGCCAGCGGUGCUGACAGUCGGGUUCUACUUCGAGAAAUGGCGAGCCCUCGCGACGGGGCUGGCGCUGUGUGGCUCCGGGGUCGGUACCUUCGUCAUGGCGCCCCUCACUGACGCUCUCAACGAAAACUUCGGCUGGAGGCUCACUAUUGUUAUUCAUGCUUGCAUGUUGCUGUUAUGUGUAAUCUUCGGAAUAAUGUUCAGGCCCAUCCGUCCCAUAAGAGUUACGCUCACUGAUCAAACGGAAGAAGAAGAUAUGGCUCGUCGUCAUGAAGAAGCUGUUGAGAAACUAAAUUCAAUGCUCAAAUUACAGGGCAAGCUAGACUCUGGAAUAGCCAUCCCGGUUGAUAUGAGAUUCAACAAAGUCAACCCUCACACAUGGAUGGGCGUCCCCAGCAAUACUCAUUAUCCAACAGCCGAGGAAGUCUUCCGUGGUAGCCAUACCCAUAUCAGCAAUGCGCAAUUUGGAAGUCGCAGAUCUUCAGCUAACGCUGGAGCAAUAAAAACUCACAAACCUUUGUUUAUGACUACUCCAGUAGCCGAAAAAGACGAGCAAGAAGAUUCUAACAGUAACAUCGAUAAUACCGAACCCCCCACUGCGCCUCUGAUUGGGUCAACCGUCAAAGUACUACCCCCUGAACCAAUUAAACGCCGAUCGCAUAUGGACCUCGUAGCUAGACCAUUGUAUAGGGAUGACAUAUUUUUCGGUGCUAGUUUGACUAGGCUACCCCAAUACACAUCACGAACAUCUUUGGGCUAUCAUUUGGCCGUAACUCAUGUUCCAAGCCAAGAAGAUAAGAAAGAAGAGAAAUCAAGAAAAUGCAAGUUCUGCCCUGUGGCCGUGAAGCGGGCUUUGGCGACUAUGUUAGAUGUUAGUCUGUUCCGUUCCCCUACAUUCGUGAUCCUCGCUGUGAGUGGAUUUUUCACAAUGUUAGGAUUCUUCGUACCCUACAUGUACGCUACGCAAAGAGCGAAGGAUAACCAUGGAAGUGAGCUUAGCCAGAAGUGGCUAGUUUCUGCGAUUGGAGUGGCGAACAUUAUUGGACGUAUCAUGUGUGGCCUGGUAUCGUCAAUGCCGAAGGUGUCACCUCUGUGGCUCAACAACAUCGCGGUGUCGGCUGGAGGAAUCGCAACCAUGAUCAGCGGACUUUACUACCAUGAUGUUUACCAGUUCGGAUACUGCGUGGUGUUCGGACUUGCAGUUGCAUGUUUCGCGUCUCUUAGAUCGAUCCUAGUGGUGGAAUAUCUGGGUCUGGAGCAACUCACCAACUGCUUCGGUCUGUUCCUUUUAUUUCAAGGACUAGGUGCUUUACUCGGUGCUCCUAUAGCGGGUUUCAUCAUGGAUCAAACGCAGAGUUACGACAUUACUUUCGGUGUGUCCGGGGCAUUCCUUCUCAUCUCCGCUUUGAUGUGCUUCCCGGUCGACCGCAUCAGCAGGUGGGAGAAGGAGAGGAACAAAGAACUCCCACAGAAGGUCUGAUUGGUCACCGAAGAACCAUUGGACCGCCGUGAUACCAAACUGUUUAGGGUUGAAACAGACCGGUGCCAAAACUCCAGUAAGUUAACGGCAAACUUCCGAAUCACCAAUGUGUGGGAAUGUUUUUGACUGGAAUUCAACGUAAAGGUGGCCGAAUAUGUUAGUUACUUUGAAUACCAGCCACGAAACUACAUCGGUAGUAAAAGUACCCCUUAUUAUAAAAUGUUAGUCAAGAAUAUGAAUCGUUGAUAAUGAAAAAUAUAUUGUAAUUAUUAAAAUGAUUGUUAGUAGAAAAAUACUUGCCUUGAAUAUGAAAUUAGGAAGUAGAAACAUUCCCAAAAAGUGAAUUUUUGACAAAACUGCUAUGGAUUGAACGUAGCCAAGGCUCAGUUAAGUCAGAUAAAUGCAUUUACCUAGAAUUAGAAGAAAAAGUACAAAGACUCGAAAGUAUGAUAGAAUAGUUCGCAGUUUUGUUGAAGGCCCUCAGUACCUAUAAGAUGAAGCCAAUAUGUACUUCAUUUUUUACCUACUAAGGCACGUAACUUAUAUAAACAAGUUGUGCAAAAAUAAGACUCUUGUUAUACUUAUUUUAGUUUGUAAUAUAGGUUAUUGCAUGUGGAGUGCAAGUGUGUUUUUAUACGAUGUAACUUUGAAUGUGUGCCUUAUAAAGUGAUAUAUAGAUUAAAAAAAGAUUUUUACUUUUUAAAUUUAAAAUUGUAGCUGGCCAGAAGUUCCAAUUUAUUGUACUCUGUUAGUGAAUUUAAUAGUGUCCAUGUGUGGGUUAAUAUAAUUUUAACUUAGAAUAAGUGCUACAACAGUGGCUGUGGUCUUUUUAUGCUAAUGUUGAGAAAUCAUAGUCGACAUAUAUUGUUUUCAUUCAUAAACUGCAUAUUUCUAUAUCAACUACUUACAAUUAUCAUGCUUCAUCGACAAUAAUAAAUUGUCAAAUUUAACGUUUGUGGAAUUGGUUUUUAUUUUAUUUACAAACUCAAUUUGUUUUUGAUCACUAUUCAGCGUAUGUUUUAGUUAUGUAAUAUUUAAAAUCAAAAUUUAUUUCAUUAAGAAUUUAAAAACAUUUUCAAAGUAGGUAGAUAUAUAAAUAUUACUAUAAUAGGUAUUUUAUUAUUAUAUAAUAAUUCAUUACCUCAUAAUAAACUUGUUUAUUAGUCUGUUUCUGAUUCAAGAGUGAGACGAAUCUGGUCAUAUCUUGUAUAUUUAUUUCGAAUGUAUUUAUUCGAGGGUUUAGGAAAGUUAAAGUUUAGAAGGUAUACAAACAGCUUGAAGUUGGUAUAGAUCUAUUUAGUCCGUGGUUGUACUAAGAUCAAAGGUCAUUCAAGUCAUAAAUUAUUCAUUUACCUAAUUACGUUUUCAAAUAUUGGAUAACAUAGCGACUAUGAUUUUUAUGUUGAAAAUGACUCAUGAUGCCACAUUGCCAAAAAGUGGGCAAAAAUUUAAACUCAAUAAGUAAUUAAUGUUAUUAAUGCAAUCAUAAUAAGUUAGUCUGUAGCAAAGUCUACUGAGACCUAUAUAGAGAUUUAUAGUCACAUAGAUAUCUGUAUCCUAUUCGAAACGCAAAAGCAUCUUAUGCGACAAAUUUACAGCACGCAGCACAAUAUAUUUACGGCAAAUUAAUGAAUUAUUGUAUUUAUUGUUUUAUGAAUAUGCUAACAAAAUACGGUUGGGAUUGUUGUGCAAGAUUGUAACGAAAAUCGUUUGCAAGGGCAUCUGCUGCCUUUUCUCGAAAGGUUUCGCGGUUUUUAUAACUGUCACAACUUUGGACUUAAUUUACGAGCAAACAAGAUAAACGAUAUCGUUACACGAUGUUAAAUCGUUUACAAAGCGUUCCACUUCCUCCCAACACAAAUAAUAUAAACUGAUAGAGAAUCAACAAUCAAAGGAUCUUAAAAAAUGACGCCUGAGAAAUCUGUGUUUAAUUGUACAUUUUAUAUUAUGUACUAUGUUUCGUAAGUACAUACCUAAAUAUAAUUCUGUACAACAAUAGCCCAUAGAAAUCGGAAUAAUAUAAGACAAUAUUAUUCACAUAAGCCAAUUAUGAAAAAUAACAAUUUUGUUGACUA